CAUCUCACUUGCAAAAGAAGGUUUGGCAAUAGUGUGACUGCACCAGUGCGCAGUGCAAACACACAUACACACACUAGCUCCUCUUAAAACCAUAUUUUUUUGUGACAGAUGUGCGAAGAAAGAAUAGCAAGCUAAUUGUGGCUUACAGUACAGUGCGUCAGACAGCACAAUACCUGAGCUUCUUAGAGAUCAGCAGAUAUCUGGACUACAUAACUCAUUCUGCGCGCAGCUUUCCAUCUAUAGCCUACAGGACAUUCAAAGAUUUUUGGGCAUUCCAUAGUUGGCUUUCUUUAUAGCUGCGCACCUUGGCGAAUAUCCUAUGGAGCGCUUUUGCGCAAAUCUCUCCAAACUUUCCAACCAAGCGGAGGUUAUUUUAAUGUGAAGGAUUUAAGUGAUGCACGCGGAAAUGUUCAUCUUCGGACAUUCUCACUAAGCAAAUGUCCUUUUUUUGCAGGGAAGAGCCCUUGCAUUGCUGGUUUUCACUUGGACAUGUUGCUUAAUGGCGCAACUGCGGGAUUGAAAUAACGGUACUGUUGCAGGAGUUUUUCCCAACAUUACCAACAUCUCUUGCACCGGAGCUUUGGGCAGGUUUUCUUUUCGUUUAAAGACGGUGCCAUGCGGGAUCGGAAAUCACUCAUCGGAGGACUGUAAACCCUGCUGGAAAUCAGAGUUACGCGGAGAUGGGAUCCCUGGUGAGAUCCCGCUGGCUUAUGAUCCCACUGCUUGUGCAAGCCUGGCUGUUGGCUUCCCAAGGCAGAGUCCGAGAGAAACCGUGUCCUCGAAGCUGCCGGUGUGAUGGCAAAAUAGUGUAUUGCGAGUCGAAUGCCUUUCGCGAUGUGCCAAAGAACGUUUCGGUGGGAUGCCAGGGCCUCUCUCUGCGUUACAACAGCUUGGCGAAUCUUAGGCCUGGUCAGUUUGCCAGCCUCAGUCAGUUGGUUUGGCUGUACUUGGACCAUAACUACAUCAACGUGGUGGACAGACAAGCAUUUCAGGGCGUUCGAAGACUGAAGGAAUUGAUCCUCAGCUCUAACAAGAUUACGCACUUGGAAAACAGCACGUUUCAUUCGAUUCCCAACUUGCGCAAUCUGGACCUCUCCUACAACAAACUGCAAGUCCUGCAACCUAAUCAGUUUCAAGGCUUACGCAAACUGUUGAGUCUUCACAUUAGAUCGAAUUCCCUCAAGACGGUUCCCAUGCGCGUGUUUCAGGAUUGUCGAAACCUCGAGUUUCUCGAUUUGGGCUACAAUCGACUGAGGAGUCUUACCCGUAACGCGUUUGCGGGACUCCUCAAACUGACCGAGUUACACUUGGAGCACAACCAAUUCUCAAAGAUCAAUUUUUCUCAUUUCCCACGGCUUAACAAUCUCCGGGCUUUGUAUCUGCAGUGGAAUCGAAUAAAGUCAAUAACGCAGGGAAUUACGUGGACCUGGACCUCAUUGCAAAAGCUGGAUCUCUCUGGGAAUGACCUGCAAGUGUUGGAUGCAAGCAUUUUCCAGUGUCUGCCCAAUUUGCAGACUCUUAAUCUAGACUCCAAUAAGCUAAGUAACGUGUCCCAAGGGGCCAUAGGGGCUUGGAUCUCUCUCACUACGAUCAGUCUUGCAGGUAAUAUUUGGGAAUGCAGUCCCAGCUUAUGUCCCCUUGUGGCGUGGCUGAGGAACUUUAAGGGCAACAAGGAGACCACCAUGAUUUGUGCUGGACCAAAGGAAGUUCAGGGCGAGAAAGUGAUCGAGGCUGUUGAAACCUAUGGAUUCUGUAAAACGACCCCCACUCCUUACCUUCCAUUGUUCUCCACUGUAAACUCUAAGUCCAAAACCGGACGUCUGCCCCUGCCCACCAUGUUCAAAGCGAACGAGAAGAUAGCACGCAACAAUCCCGUCGCUCCUUCCCCAACGGUCGCAUCCCCGCCUGCCCCUGAGCACGACUUUGAGCAUGUUUCUUUUCACAAGAUAAUAGCCGGCAGCGUCGCCCUUUUCCUAUCCGUGGCCAUGAUCUUGCUAGUGAUCUACGUCUCCUGGAAGCGUUACCCCAGCAGCAUGAAGCAACUCCAGCAGCAUUCCAUGGUGAGAAAACGCCGGAAAAAGGCACGAGAGACGGAGCGGACCCUCAGCUCUCCGCUACAGGAAUAUUAUGUGGACUACAAACCCACAAACUCUGAGACCAUGGACGUACUGGUCAAUGGGACAGGACCCUGUACCUACACCAUCUCCGGCUCCCGAGAAUGUGAGGCCCCUCCACAGAUGGGCACAUUGGCGUUCUACAGAUACGAGCAGCCCAUUGUGGACUACUGCCAGGCUCACCAACCCCUACACAUGAACAGGGGGUUCGAGCCAUCGUCCCGGGCCCUCGAGGGGGUGGGGGCACGAGAACGAUGCAGCGUCCCUUCAGCCGGCCUUCUUCCUUCCGUGCCUGCAGCCCCUCUGUCAGACAUGCGUCCCCUACCACAGUGAGCCACACACGGACACGCCUGACGUCCCCCGUUCUCCUCUACGAAUGUCCCCACAGGGCGUACGGCCCACCCGAAACCAACCUAAACCAGACGAGAAACAGAGAUAUAUGGGGCAGUGUGACUUGUGUGGACUAUGAAGUCCCAGAUGUCUUCUGAGGAAAGAAUGGACUGUCAUGAACUGGGUCAAAACGCUCUUGGGUUUGUCUUUUUUAGAAAGUCAUCAGUUUGUUGUGAAAUCGGUUUGGAGAAAUGUAACGUUAAAAAACAUUUGCUGAUUUUUUUAUCCUACAUGCUUUGUGGAAUCACCCUUUAAAUGUUUGCGAGCCAAAACGUCUAAUAUAAUUAACAUCAGGAGGUUUAUUGACUCAACAGCGCUCAAACAAUUCAGACGUGUGUACAUGAUGUUCUUAUAAACGUAAAAUAAUGUCCCAUCAAUGGAAAUGAGAGGCAGAGCAGUAAGUGUAUCCGAGCAGAAAAUCUUUUUAUCGUCUCGUUCUCUGAUAAGGCCUAUCAAAAGGCCCUCUGGCCCGUGAAGUGAGCUAUUAUUGCUUUAUAUGAAACUGCCCGAAUUCAAGGUGAGGUGGUGAAUUUGAAUUGUAAAUUAAAAUCUAAACCUCACGCGUCAACGUUCAUUCUGUGAAUCUUAAAAAGUAGUCUUGCUUAUAUUGACCGUGUCCCUAAUGAUAUGAGCACAUCUCUUUUUUUCAAACUUGUGCGUCAUUUACUAAAAUCUUACACUAAUCAUAAAAAAGUUGACAUAAUUUGUGAGGCUUUUAUAUUGCCGUCCUUUAUGAUUUAUUAACAGAUGGGUCAUUUCUCUUAUGCAGUACUUGAUGAUGUAACUUUAAAAAAUGAAUGUGCUUGUAUUGUAAUUUAUGUAUUUCUACAAAACGGUGGACUUAAAGGGGUCAUAUGACCAGUGUUGGGGGAAAGUACCUUUUAAAAGUAAUGCAUUACAAUAUUUAGUUACUCCACAAAAAAGUAACUAAUUGUGUUACUUAGUUCCUUUUUUAAUGGAAAGUAAUGUUUACAUAACUUUUAAGUUAGUUUUGCGUUACUUUUUCUUACUUGGCUGAUCCAUUCAGGCCUUGCAGGUGUUUUUAGUGCCUAAAUUCUACGUUAAUAUGUUUUUAUUUUUAAAUUGAAUUAAUUAAACUGAAAAGUAACUUUUUAAAAAAGUAACUCAAAUAUUAAUGUGUGCAUUUAUAAAGUAAUGCGUUACUUUUCUCGUUACUUAAGAAAAGUAAUAAUAUUACGAAAUGCGCGUCACUUGUAAUGCGUUACCCACAACACUUACUAUGAUGGACAGUAUGAAUAUGUACUCUGUAAAAGAAAUGACCCAACUUUAUUUUGGAGCCUAAAAAUGGAGAUAACGGAUAUGUGUUCAGAUACCAGCCUGAUCCAACGGGAAUACGGAUUUUUUAAGAGUUGGCUAAUUCGUAUGAAGUGAAUCGUAACCGUAACCCCAACAUCAUGUGGUCGUACGAAUUAGCCACCUUGUAAAUAUGCACAAAUUGCAAUGAGAUGGUGUUGUCUGAUACCCAUACUGAACUCAGAUCUUUAUUGUCAUCAUCAUCGCUGUCUGGCUCUGUACUGAAGAACAUCUACUGGACAUCCCACUAUACUUCAGAAAGACCCGGGUUACCCAUUAAAUGACACGGACAACCCACAUUCCAGCUGGAACUGUAAAAAUAAAGAAGACGGAAGGACUUAUAGACACUGUACAGUGAAACUUUUCCUCAACCGGACUCGUCUUGUACAUAUUGUAUAAACUAAAAACGAAAGAUGUCUUUGCUUCUACAGAAACACAGUGUUGUUACCUAGAAGAGGAGCCUUAUCUUUAAUCCAAGAGAAAGUGUAUGCUCGAAUGCGUCUGCGUGUGUCAGCGCGGGUGCGUUAAACCGAGAUAAAAGGAGAAUUUCAGAUAAAUGGAAGACGGCUGCGUUAGAAUAUUAGCCUGCUGUUCGAAAACAUUUGUUUCAAAGAUUUGGUCUUUUUACUUUCCUUUGCGAUUUUCAAUAAUUGCAACAUAUGUUUGAUGCAUCUGUCUGCUGGCAUUCUGCGUCGAACGCCAGCGCACCAAUUAUGAGUACAGUGAUUUUUCAACCAAAUGUUUUUAUACCAGUAUUUAUGUGGAAAAAAGACGACGACUAGUAUAUACUUUUUUGUUUUAAGUUCCUCCGAGCCCCUUAAUGCAAUACUUGCGUCCAUAGAGCAGAGCGCUCGAUUUCUGUUCUGACGCAAAGGUUGUGAUUAUUUUAAGCGUUCGAAUGUGUUUCCCUGUAUCUUAGAAAUGAUGCUGAAAUAUUUCGUUUUGUCUAUUCAACAGUUAUAAAGCGUAAAAUUCCUUUUCUUU